GCGAUGGGAAAUCUGUCUUUAAAUAUGCGCUGAUGUUCGGAUAUCCGGCGGGAAUUUGUCUCAGUCGCAUUCGGUCCUUUCUUGCUUCUCGUUUUUGUAUGUUUUGGUUAGUUUUGCAAGCGCUCUAGUUUUCAAUGGAUAGUUACGACGAUGUUCAGAGUACGCCGACUGGCAAGGUGUCAAAGGCCAAGAAAGGGAAGCCAGUCCAUGUCUGUUCAGAGUGUCAAAAAGUAUACACUCGAGCUGAGCACCUAAGGCGACAUCAAUCUUCACACCAAGAGCCCCAGUUCGAAUGUCCAGUAUGCCAAAGACGCUUCCAUCGCAAGGAUCUGCUAGAAAGGCACUACAAACGGAUUCAUGCAAGGCAAGAAUAUCACAAAACUCAACAUAAAAACAGUUUCUGGCACAGCCCAGCUGGGACUUCAACAAUGAGGUACAUCUCUCAUACCAAGGUAUAUCCUUUAUACAAAGCACUACGUGGGAUUAGCAUUAGCAUACGAGUUAGCUCGACUAUCGAGGCCAUGGCAGCUAACAGGUGGUCGCUUCCCAUCGCAUUGAUCUCGCAUCAUUCUCCUUACUUGAAAGCCAUGUCCUCGGGUCCUGGUAUCUUUGUCAAAGCGCAAAUUCACCUCCCUGAAGAUGAUCCUGCGGUAUUUGGCCUUUUUGUAGAAUGGCUGUACUAUGGAACCUAUGAUGAUUUAGCAGCACCGUCAUCUUCGAACAUUCAUGCACAAUGUUGGGUUCUUGGCGAUAAGCUUCUCUGCAAUGAGUUCAAGAACUACGCCAUGAGCCGUCUGUAUAAACAACGCCUGGACUUUUCUGACCCACGAGGAUGUGGAAAACCAUUUUGCAAGUGUCACCUCAAUGAUCCAAAGGAUUAUAUAGACUUCGAUGAAGUCUACUUUACAGCAAUUACGCCAUCGGCUGCAGAACCUAUACGAUUGCCAGUCCGGAAGAAGAAGAGGAAGAAUAAAAAACCAAAGUGUGGCGCCAAUAUAAAAAGUGAGAAAAAUAUAAGUGAGAAUAUUUUUAUUGGAGUCUUCACUGUACGACAGGACUCUCCAGGAGGCAACGCAUCGGAACUAGUACAAGGUUCAACCACAGAUGAUGAGAACGACGCCGUGGUUCUUGCAUCGAAGGAGGUUACGAACUCGCGUAAAACUGUCGAAAGCAAGGAAUGUGUCGAGGGCGGGAACGUCAAGACGGAGGAGCGGCCAGCGCUAUGGUGGGAGACAUAUCGAGAAUUUCCGCAGGAGAACAUGGAUGAAGAGUCGUUGGCUGGUAAAACAUUUGACUUGCUAUGGGAUUGGCUUAUCUAA